GAACUCCUUGGCCGACGAGGCUGUUGAACUGGAGGGAGGCCCAAGUUCCCUCUGGAGACCCGUACGAGUUUUAGCUUCUCCCCCAAGGUUACUGCCGUGUAUUUAAGCCUUGCAUGACCCCUCACACGUCCAUGUUCAUCAUCCCCGUCUUUUUCUAGAACUACCAUCCCUCGGUUCUAUCGACCCUCUCGACUUUCGAAUUUCCUCUCAUCUACAAAAUGUCCGUCAACGGUGCUAGCACUGGCAAGGCUUCGCUCCACGAGCCAUCUUCGUCUCGCCCGACCCACGCCCACGGCCUCGUCAAUGUCCAGCCUGCCCGCUUGGGUGACCUGCAGCCUCGCUAUGCGGCGACCCUCCAGCACGAUAAUGAUAACCCGGACGCGCACGGUUGGUAUGCGCAAAUGAUCCACACCCUGGGAGAAUGUAUCGGUUUCUGCGGUGCCAUCCCCUGCUGCAUCUGCUGCCCCAACCCAUUCAAACCCGUCGACCAGGGCCAAGUUGGUCUCGUAUCCAAAUUCGGACGAUUUGAACGCUCGGUCGAUCCCGGUCUGGUCAAGGUGAACCCCCUGAGCGAACACUUGACCACCGUGGACGUGAAGAUCCAAAUCGUCGAAGUCCCCCGUCAGGUCUGCAUGACCAAGGACAACGUGACCCUCAACCUGACCUCCGUCAUCUACUACCAAGUCACCUCCCCACACAAGGCCGCAUUCGGCAUUUCCAAUGUGAAGCAGGCCCUCAUUGAGCGUACCCAGACCACCCUGCGCCAUGUCAUCGGUGCCCGUGUCCUGCAAGACGUGAUCGAGCGCCGCGAGGAGAUCGCUCAGUCUACGGCGGAGAUUAUCGAGGAGGUUGCCUCUGGCUGGGGUGUCCAGGUCGAGUCCAUGCUCAUCAAGGACAUCAUCUUCAGCAAUGACCUGCAGGAUUCGCUCUCCAUGGCGGCUCAGUCCAAGCGGAUCGGUGAGAGCAAGGUUAUCGCCGCCCGCGCCGAAGUCGAAUCGGCCAAGUUGAUGCGCCAGGCUGCCGAUAUCCUGUCCUCGGCUCCGGCCAUGCAGAUCCGUUACCUCGAGGCUAUGCAGGCGAUGGCUAAGACUGCCAACAGCAAGGUUAUCUUCCUGCCAGCCAUGAACCAGACUGUGCAGCAGCAGCUUGCCGCUGCUGAUAACGCUGGCGAGGGCCCCAGCAACUAUGGUGCCACGGACAACCACCUCCAAGACGAUGGCUUCCAGCGUGCGAUCAACGCUCGUGUCGUUGAGGACAUUUAAAAAAACCACGACUGCGUAAUUUUGAGUUGCAGUGCAGUUUUUCAUGGCCGUUUCCUUGCUCUGACUCCAUGACGAUAUGACCCUUUAUCUUCGCCUCGUGAUUUAUCACGUUUGAUCCGGGGGUGGUUAAUGCUUGACAGGCAUGAAGUAUUUCUUUGCCCCCAAGUCUACUUUUCCGGAUCUCUUGACGCUUUGUAUUAUGGCUGGACACGAUUUGGAUCCAUGACGAUACCCCCACCUUCUUUUGCUGUGCCUUGCUCCAUAUGGUGAUACCUUUGUUUAUUUCGCGCCUUAAUUAGUUUGUUGCUUCGGGCUUGUAGCAUAAUACAAUUUGCUUUCAUAACAAUAGGGUCUAUUUUAC